AUGAGUCUCUCUGAGAUAAUAAUUCUGCAACAUGAAGCAACCUGUGUUACCGUUGCUACCCUCGAUAAGUUUGAUGCUGGACAAAUGGGAUGGUACUAUGAUGGCUGUGUGGAAUGCACAAGGAGUGUGACUGCCAAGGAUGGAAAGCUGAAGUGUUUUAAGGAGCAUAUUAGCCCAGAACCUGUGCCACAGUAUACUUUAUAUCCAUUUUCCAUUUCCAACCGAUAUAAGCUUGAUAUAACAGCUGUUGACGGCAGUUCGAAGGCAAAGUUCGUCUUUUGGGACACAGACUGCGUGAAGUUAAUUGGGAAGUCUGCUCUUCAAAUGAAAAUGGAUUUAACACAGUCUGGUGAUUACGAUCCACUUGAAUUCCCUUACGAACUUGACUCAAUAUUGAAAAAUGAAUUGGCAAUUAGAGUUGUGUAUCAGCCUAAAAAUGGACGACUUUCUGUCAUUGGCUUCAAAACUGAUGAAUAUACCUCAAAAAUUCAAGCACCAGAACCUCUUUCCCAGGAUGAUAUGAAAAGCAUUUCUGAACCUGUAUCUGCAUCUGCAGAAAAUGACCUGACCAUUGCAAAUUUAGGACUCACUCCAUGUAAGAGACUUAAAAAUGAUGCAGUAGAAGAUAAUGAUAGUGUACAACAAUCAUCAACCAAGAUGGCCAAAGAUAUUAAAAAGGAGAAAUAG